AACGAUAAGUCACGACAGUUAAGGUCCACUACGAAUGACACUGAUUUUCCAAAAUUAAAAGAAGUCAUUCCAUUAAUGGAGGAAGCUUCGGAUGUUUUGACUGGGAAACUCACAGAAGCCGCAAAAACAGGUGGGGAUGGCAAAUUUGACUAUUUUCCGGAAUAUUUUAUUUUGUUGGCUGCCAGUUUCGCAAACUUCUCUCAGUCUCGUUUAGCAGUGGUCAAGUCCUUCUUAUGAGGAGUAAACGAAACGAAAUUGAUUGUAGAAAGGCAGUAUCCCACCCAGCCCCCGGCCAAAUCGUGAUUUGCCACUGGCGGAUCAGAGAGGGGGGCCGGGCUCUCCCCUUAUUUUUAGACCAAACUGAGGCCCGAAGGGCCGAAAAAAAGUUUUUCGGAGACCGCCCCCCCACCCCUCCCUUAUCUAAGGGACGGACCAUUAGAAAAGUGAUGGAGGGUGUGGGGAAUUUUCAGCUUCCACGAAUUUUUUUUUUCGCUCACUGCUUGUGCAGGAAUUUUUUUUUCAGGUGAAACCCUCUACACGAAUUUUUUUUCAGACAAAUAUUGCUUUUUUUUGAACACUGAAAUCUUGAUUCAUUAUCUAUGUUUUUGUGCUUUAUAAAUUAUUCUACACUCACAACAAAUCAAAGGAUACAGGCCACUUUAAUGCAAAAUCUUUUCGAAGAUGUACACACAGUGAGAGAGGAGGAAGCAACUUGGAGUGGACGACUUCCCUGUGCAUUUUUUCAGUCCCUUCCCUCCCACAGCCCAUCAUAAUGAUGCCAUACUCCACACACCAAAACAGCCCCUCUGUAGUGCCCUCCACUCCAAAAUGUCGAUCCAAAAAGAAGGUACCUGUUUAGUAAAAGUGAAAUAUUAAAAUGAUUGUUAAAAGUUAUUUAAUUUUUAUGGUGCUCUGUAAUAACUUAAAUGAACUUAGGCUACAUUUUACUAAAAAAAUAAAAUAAAGGUAAGACUCACAUUUCGUGUGAGAGUUCCACAUAGUCUGGUAGCUGGCUGCAUUAAGAAAUAAGCGUUCACAGGCCAAACACGACUCAUAAGCUCGUGAUAAUGUGAAACGUGACCUUGAGAGUCUGCUUGAACAGUGGUUCUAUUUCUUUUUCAUGCACUAUACAGUGCAUGACUUGUAGCAUUCUAAACUUUGACUCAGUAAAUUUUGUUUUUGCCGCACUAAGUCUUAUAUUUAGAGGUCAUAAAGCAGGUUUGUUACAUGCAUACUGAGUAAUCAUUUCCUGUAGUUUAUACUUCUGUAGGUGUUCCUGAUAGGAUUUGAUUUCAGAUGCAGUUGUAAAGUGUUUAAAUUUUCUUUGACCUCUGUUUGUUACGGCUGAAUAAACUGUAUCUGAAUAACUACAUGUACAUGCAUGCAUGCAUGCAAGUUUCUUUGUCCGUGAAUGUGAUUAUUUCCUGCCAUGUCAGUAUGACUCUGGGCCCAGCUCUAUAAUGUGGUUUGCAGGAUUUUGAAUUUCCACGGAUAGUGCGGUCUUCAGAUUUGAGUUGUAUACUGUAGCUUAAACUAAAGCUACACCAAGUUUGGAGAAAUAUGCCGUACGUCAGUCAAGAUAAUUCUCUUAGCGCUCACACAGUCCAUUUAGUUUUACUUAACAUAGUGAGUCUUUGAACUAGAGCGCAAUGUCUUGUUGUUUCUUCGUAGGUAUUUACUUAAGUUUUUGCUUCUGCAGUCGUCUAUACGACUGCUUUGAAUUCUUAAGCAAGACUGCAGUUUCGGAACUAUAGCGUUCCUCGUCAGUUGCUACUAUGAUAAAGUCUUAGGUACAGAGAGCGAAGCAGAGUGUUUAAAUACUAAUGGCUAGGAUCGAAAAUACUAACUUGCCAUUGGCUGCAAAAGGGACCAAUAGCGUAGGUGUAUCUUUGAUUCGCGUUCUGUUGUGCUUCCUUCAAGGCCACAAAUUGUUUAUUCAUAUUGUGCCUGGUAAUAUUGUUGAUUUCUGAAACUCGGACUUUCUGAAAGAAACUCAGACUUUCUCAAAAAGUCACCAUUGGACCUUCCUUCUGCACGAAUUUUUUUCUUUACCUUCGUCUUUGCAUGAAUUUUUUUUCUUGGCAUUUUCCCUUGCAUGAAUUUUUUUUGUUUUUCCCCCCCCCCCCAUCACUUUUGUAAUGGUCCGUCCCUAAGGGUCUGGAUGACCGCUGUCUUAAGGCCUUGGUGAUAUCAUUUAUUCGAAUUAGAUAUGUGCAAAUAUUUCACAUUACUAAAUGGUUAACUUACGGGCAAACGAUAUUUUCUUCCAUUUUUGCUGUUACAAGUAUGUACAUCUAGACACAAUUUCUACCAAAAGCUGUUGCGGUUUCGUAACUGGGAGAUAAGCCUACAAGCAAGCUUUAUCCUUAUACAGGGAAAACGCUAGAGCCCGGGGGGGGGGGACUGGCUAUAUAGGUAUGUGCCGCUGUGAAGGGUAUGUUUUUCAAGCAGUUUACUCUAGGAUAGGGUAUAUAAAUCAGAGCGCUUGGGUCUAGAAUAGGGUAUUAUUUUUCAUGAAACUGAUCAGUUGGUUGAAGAUUUUAUCUAGACUAGGGAUUGUGGUAUCAGGUUUUGUUUUGGCUAGACUGUGCUAGUGACCUCAGUAGUUUCUGGAAAACAGCUACUCUAGGAUAGGGGGGAUUUGGGGAGUUUACUCUAAUAUAGGGUAGCAAAAUUCAGCUGAGCUAGCUCUGGUAUAAAUUAAGGGUUUCAGGGUUCCAGUGGCACAUCCCUACCCAGAAAUUUCUAAAGUACCCCCGGGCGCUAGAGUUGAAUAAGGGUCGGACGUCGAAAGUGGACGGGAGGGUGAAUAGAGUAAGGGUAAGGGUUUCGCCUUGUUCCCUUCCCUCCCUCUCCGUCCCCUUUUGCGCCUGCCAAGCAGGCUAUGAAGCGUUACGCGCCAGUGGUGAGCCAAGCGAGACAAGAAGGCAUCAGAAGGAGGCUCACUGCGCGCGCGGAACUUUCAACUUUUCGAAUUCGCAGGUUACUGGGACUCUUUUGCAGGCAGACACAUGGACGGAUGGAUGGAUAGGUAGGUUAGAUAGAUCCACUAUAAAUAAUGCAUUUUCAUUUUCUCAUCACUAUUACACCACUCAUUUUGCAGGACACAGCACUGACGUCAACCCACUGUUUAGCUUAUUUGCACUGGAAGUAAUUCUAUCCGCAGCAUUUGGGAUGCAAGCUGAUAUCCAAAGCAAUCCCGACUCGGACACUGUUGAAAAGGCCAAAAACGUGUUCCGAACUCCGUUGUGGGUGCGCGCGUUUUCCAUGUUCCCUUUUUCAGAUUACUUCAGCAAAAAGUUAAAUCUCAGUCCCCUUAAUCACACCGACUACUUCAUAAGAAUGGCCCGAGUAAUCUAUGAUGCAAGAAAGGCACAUGUACAGAAAACGCCAAGUCGGAAGGAUUUACUGCAACUGAUGCUUGAAGCCCAGAAGCAAGAGAUAGAGGGGAAGAGGAUGAGCAAUGAAGAGGUAUCUGCACAGUCUGUCAUCUUCAUGGUUGCAGGAUUUGAAACGACUGGAAGUACGCUAUCUUACAUGGCGUAUCUACUCGCUGCGCACCCAGAAGUCCAGGAAAAACUCCUCCAAGAACUCGACAAGGCUGUAAAAAACCGUGGGAACAUGCCUUUGUACGACUUUGUUAACAGCCUGGAUUAUCUUGACCAGGUGUUUUGCGAAGUCUUACGGCUCUAUACACCCGGGUAUUUGGUCCACCGAAGAUGCAACGAGGCCUGCACCAUAAAUGGCAUCACAAUUCCACAGAACGUAGACGUGUUUAUGCCGCCCUAUGUACUCCACCGCGACCCUGCGUUGUGGCCUGAUCCGGAGAAGUUUGAUCCCGAUCGGUUCUCCCCAGAGAACAGAGAUACCCAAGAGGCAUACUCGUAUAUGCCGUUUGGUGUGGGUCCCCGGCAGUGCAUUGGAUUCCGCUUCGCCCUUCUUGAGAUGAAGACCGCGAUGUUCAAGAUACUGUCCAGAGUCAAGUUUCAAAGAGCUGCAGACACAGUGUCUAAGCUAAGAUUUCGAUCCGUGCUUCUAAUGCAACCACGCGAUCCUAUCCUCUUAAAAAUAGUACUUCGUUAA